UUAAAACUCAAUUCACAAUUCAUAAAAUCCUAAACCUUUUCUUCUUCCCCAGGUAGAGAAAAGACUAUAGAGAGAGAGAGAGUGAAAAUGGCAGCGUUGUUGAGGAAGCUAGCCAAGGCUGCACCCAUAGCAUUUCGAGGCGAUUCCAAGUCAAAUUUUGCUGAUCCUCGCUUCCCCUUUGGAGCUAUUGCAGCCGUUGCUGGAUGCGUCUCUUAUUAUUACUGCCAUUCUUCUGCGAAUUUGGUGUACUUGGAGCAAAUCAGUGAAGAUUCGGGUAAAAAAGUUGCUCUAAAUCCUGACAAAUGGAUUGAAUUUAAGCUGCAAGAUCGAGCUCCAGUUAGCCACAAUAGUCAUCUAUUCAGGUUUUCAUUUGAUCCUUCUUCAAAGUUAGGUCUUGAUAUUGCAUCUUGCAUUCUUACAAGGGCACCAAUGGGAGAAAAUGCUGAAGGAAAACCAAAAUAUGCCAUUCGGCCUUACACUCCUAUAUCUGAUCCAGAAGCCAAGGGAUACUUUGAUUUGUUAAUUAAGGUUUAUCCAGAAGGGAAAAUGAGCCAGCAUUUUGCAAAACUGAAACCAGGGGAUGUACUUCAAGUAAAAGGGCCCAUUGAGAAAUUGCGUUACAGUUCAAACAUGAAGAAACAUAUAGGCAUGAUUGCGGGGGGCAGUGGCAUCACUCCUAUGCUCCAGGUGAUAGAGGCCAUUCUUAAGAAUCCUGAUGAUAAUACUCAGGUCUCAUUGGUUUAUGCUAAUUUGUCACCUGAUGACAUACUGCUAAAGAAGAAACUUGAUGUACUUGCAGCCACCCAUCCGAAUCUCAAGGUAUUUUACACUGUAGAUAAUCCAACCAAUGAUUGGAGAGGCGGCAUAGGUUACGUAUCAAAGAACAUGAUUGUGAAAGGAUUACCUCCGCCUGGUGAUGAUACACUUAUUCUUGUAUGUGGUCCUCCUGGGAUGAUAAGACAUUUAUCUGGGGAAAAGCCAAAUCCUCGUGAGCAAGGCGAGCUAACUGGAUUACUCAAGGAUGUGGGCUUUACAGAGAACAUGGUUUACAAAUUUUAACUCUGUGUUCCCUUACCUUUCAUUGAAUAAAAGGCUUGUUUUGAAGAAGCACAAUACUAAAACAUAAAGCAAGGGUUUGGAUGAGUAUUCAUGAAGUUAUCCGUAUGUCGUUGUAUAGAUUAUGUGAAAUGAGAAUUGAUUUGGAACCGUCUAGAAAAUACUCAUUCUUGGGGAAAAAUGAAAAACUUGAUAUCUUGCUGACCUAUUAGUAUUAAAUUUUGCGGAGGUAAGUUUCUCUUUUAUUUCAUUUUCCUGUCCUUUUUAUAUUGCACAUGUGGAUAGAAAAGCAAUAUGGAACCGUUUUAUGUUCCAACAGAACGUCAUAUUGAUCUUGUAUGA